AUGGCACCAGUUGACGACGCAAACAACCGAGCCACAAAGGCUGCGGGUUCGGGGGAUGCCGAUUUGGCCCAAGCCUACCGGGACCUUGCUAGGGGUGAGCAAGCUGCUACCAACCUCGAGAACAACCUCACAAACCUCGAAAGCAGACUUGACGCCAUACUUGCUGCCCUUGAAGCCAACGGGAAUCUACAGGCUCCCGCAGCUGCCAAGGUAGCCCAGGUCAACGAAUCUCCUCAAGGCACAAGAGCAGCAGACAGCCAGGACAAGCCCCGGGAUGAUACCAAUGGAAACGUAGAGAAGGACAAAAAGGACACUACUUGA